AUGGUUGAUGAGGAGGCUAUCAAGAGCAAUGACGAUGGUAAGGAUAAGUCAAAGGAGGAAAAUCUGAAGACCAAGAAGGAAGCACCGGUGGUUAGACCAGGUUCGAUCACUUUUCCGGAUAACCCACCUCAUAUCACUCCCUCAUUGCCAUUCCCUCAACGGUUCCAGAAGAAGGCGCUUGACGAGCAAUUUGAGAAAUUUCUCAAUAUCUUCAAGAGGAUCCACAUCAACAUCCCCUUCGUGGAUGCUCUAGAGCAAAUGCCAAACUAUGCCAAAUUCAUGAAGGAAGUUAUGACCAAGAAGCGCAAAUUCGAGGACUAUGAAACAGUGAAGCUUACGGAAGAAUGUAGCGCUAUCAUAAAGAGACAACUACUGGAGAAAUUGAAGGAUCCGGGUAGUUUUAGAAUCCCAUGCAUCAUUGGAGAACUUCACAUUGAGAAAGCCUUGUGUGAUCUUGGGGCUAGCAUCAACCUCAUGCCUCUCUCUAUCUUGCGGAAGCUCAACCUUGGAGAGAUCACACCUACCACCAUCUCACUACAAUUGGCGUACCGCUCUCUCACCUACCCUAAAGGUAUUAUCGAGGAUUUCUUGGUUAAAAUUGAUAAAUUCAUUUUUCUAGUUGACUUUGUGGUGUUAGACAUGGAGGAGGACCAAGAAAUUCCUAUUAUUCUGGGCCGACCUUUUCUUGCUACCAAGAAGGCUUUGAUUGAUGUCCAUGAUGGUAACUUGACACUUCGGAUGAACGGCGAAGAGGUAAAGUUCAACAUUAGUAACGCCAUGAAAUUUCCGGAAGAGCGACUAAGUUGUAACCGGGUGGAUGUGGUGGCCUCGUGCUUUAAGGACUUCUUUCAAACCAUUAUUUAUAAGGACCCUUUGGAGAACACCGCUCUCUAA